GGUAGGUGAGUGGGCUCUGAAGACCUGGGCCAUGGAUACACAAAAUGCGAGUGAGGCCCUUACAGGAGGGAUCUGCACAACAGAUGAGCAGUGUCUAACGUCAGAGAAGGCCGCCAUGAAGAUUCAGUCUUGGUGGCGCGGCAACAUGGUGCGCCGCACGUUACUGCACGCUGCGCUCAGGGCCUGGGUCAUCCAGUGUUGGUGGCGGUCGAUGCAGGCCAAGAUGGUGGAGCAAAGACGGCGCCUGGCGCUCAGACUCUACACCUGCCAGGAGUGGGCAGUGGUGAAGGUGCAGGCGCAGGUUCGAAUGUGGCAGGCCCGGAGGCGGUUCCUCCAGGCGCGCCAGGCGGCCUGCGUCAUCCAGUCUCACUGGCGCUGGCAUGCCAGCCAGAGCCGCGGCCUGAUCAGGGGCCGCUACCAGGUCAGAGCCAGCCGGCUGGAGCUCGACAUCGAAAUCCUCGUGGCCUAGGGCGCUGGCAGUCCCAAGGAGACUGGAUCUUCUCUCCCAAUAAAGAUACUUACUG